CCAAAGCACCGCCCCUUUGAAAGCUUAACGGGAUGUUGGAUGCAUCCAGUCUGGGUUAGCUAGCUAGCAAUGUUCACCUUUUCAUUUCACAAGAGUGGAUGUUCAAGAGGUAAGGGAGUCGGAAACAUGGCAACAUAUUUGCGGGAGCAUCGACAUACAGCGCCGAAACUGUGUGUCUCACUUUUCGUCUUCCUCCUUUUUGUUGUUGUCCCCAUCACGGCUCUGAGCGUCGGCGAGGCGAGGCUUGUCAGAAGCAACACCGCAGCGAAAGAGGUAGAAGACCAUACAAAAUACUACAAUUAUGUGCAAAUGACCCGGCUACUGAAGUUCAUGGCCUUGAAAUACUCUCACAUCGCCAACCUGUCCAGUAUAGGCCAGUCCGUGCAGGGCAGGGAGUUGUGGGUUAUGCGAAUCACAAAGGACCCCAACGCUGACGUACCUGGAAAACCCAAAUGUAAAUACGUGGGGAACAUGCACGGGGACGAAACUAUCUCGAGGCAAGUAUUGGUUUACCUUGUGGACUACCUAUUGACGAGGUAUGGAGAAGACCCGCGUAUCACGGAGUUGGUGACGAGCACGGAUAUUUACAUUAUGCCCAGUAUGAACCCAGACGGGUUCGAAAGGUCGAGAGAGGGUGACUGCAGUGGCGACGCAGGGGGUCGUUCCAACGCCAGGAACGUGGACCUCAACCGAAGUUUUCCUGACCAGUUUGGCAAAAUCAACGUACAGCAAGAGGAUAUUCCCGAGGUUACAGCUGUCAUUAAAUGGAUACUGGAGAAAAAGUUUGUCCUGUCAGGGAACCUGCAUGGUGGCACUGUGGUGGCCAGCUACCCGUUUGAUGACUCGGCCUCCCACAUAAUGCAGGGUUACUACAGCCGCUCUGUGGACGACAACCUGUUUAAACAUCUGGCACUGACCUACGCCAAGAACCACCCCGUCAUGAGGACCGGGGAGCCCAAGUGCCCAGAUACCCCUGACGAGACUUUCGAGGAUGGCAUCGUCAACGGGGCAAAGUGGUACGAUGUACCCGGAGGCAUGCAGGACUAUAACUACCUGAAUGGGAACUGCCUGGAGAUCACCAUGGAACUGAGCUGCUGUAAAUUUCCCCCGGCCUCCGAGUUAAAGAAAGAGUGGGACUACAACAGGGAGUCACUUAUUGCCUACCUGGAGCAGGUUCACAUUGGAGUAAGAGGCUAUGUGAAGGAAGCUACCAAUGGGACAGCUCUGUCUGAUGUCAGGAUCAUGGUGGCAGGCAUCAACCAUAACCUGACCACGGCCCAGUUUGGUGACUACUACCGUCUGCUGCUCCCUGGGACAUACAAUGUCUCAGCUAUAGCUACGGGGUACAUGUCCAUGACAGUAGUUGGGGUUCAAGUGGUGGAGGGCAAGGCCACCGAGCUCAAUUUCACCCUGGCACCCCUGGGAAAUGGACCCACAGGCGGCAUAACCGUACCCUUUACCCCCACCACCACCGGCCCUACCACAACCUCUGACCCUGACUCCACCAGCAUCGAGACCUCCAGCACCACCUCUGAGAUGGUGACCUCUGGGGCCAACGAGAGCUCCACUCCCCAGGAGGCUCGGCCCCCAGCCCAGCCUGAGCACCAGCCCAUCCAGCCACAGGACUUCCGCCAUCACCAUUACAAUGACAUGGAGCUGUUCCUACGCAGGUACAGCAAUGGGUUCCGUUCCAUCGCUCAUCUCUACUCCAUUGGGAAGUCAGCAGAGGACCGUGAGCUCUACGUCAUGGUGAUAUCAGACAACCCCACUGUCCAUGAGCCAGGUGAACCAGAGUUCAAGUACAUAGCUAACAUGCACGGAAAUGAGGUGGUGGGACGCGAGCUACUCCUCAACCUUAUUGAGUACCUGUGCCAUAACUAUGGCAGCGACCCUGAGGUCACCCAGUUGGUCAACACGACUCGGAUACACAUUAUGCCUUCCAUGAACCCAGAUGGUUAUGAGAUCGCCAGGGAGGGUGAUGUCAGAGGGUACACGGGACGCAACAACAGUAACAACUUUGACCUGAACCGUAACUUUCCUGACCAAUUCACUACCAUCACUGAACCCAGGCAGCCAGAGACCAUCGCUGUGAUGAACUGGCUCAAGAGUAAUCCCUUUGUGCUCUCAGCCAACCUACAUGGAGGGUCAUUGGUGGUCAACUACCCAUAUGAUGAUGACAAGCAGGGACGUACGGAGUACAGCAAGUGUCCUGAUGACAAGGUCUUUAAACAAGUGGCCAGAGCCUACUCUCAGGAAAACGCUCUCAUGCACAAAGGACACCCUUGUGAGGACCUUUACCGAUCAGAGUUCUUUGAGGACGGCAUCACCAACGGCGCCAACUGGUACAAUGUUCCCGGUGGGAUGCAGGACUGGAACUACCUGAACACUAACUGUUUUGAGGUGACCAUAGAGUUGGGCUGUGUGAAGUACCCUAAGGCCCAGCACCUGCCUUUGUACUGGGACCAGAACCACAGAGCCUUACUGCAGUACAUCCACCAGGUCCACAGAGGCGUGAAGGGCAUGGUGAUAGACAUUAAAGAUGGUACAGGCAUCCCUAAUGCCACCAUCACGGUGGAGGAGAUCGAUCAUCAAAUCACAACCCACCUAGCUGGAGACUACUGGAGACUUCUGGUCCCUGGAACGUACCACCUCACCGCCUCCGCACAGGGGUAUAACUCAGUAAAGAUCUAUGCCACAGUGCCAGAGGAGGGGGUGGAGCUGGUAGACUUCCGGCUGACCAGGAUGCGUUCUGAUCCCAACGGCCAGGCCCCAAUGGACCCCAGGGCCACCCAGGACCCUGCAGAGGAGGUGUUCCAGAGCUUCAUUAAGGACCUGUCUCUGGGCCAGGGGCUGGAGCAGCUGGUUCAGAGUACCGUCACAGAGAGCAGCUUCAGAUACAGACGCUACAAAGAGCUGUCAGAGUUCCUGAGGGGUUUGACGUUCAACUUCCCCAAGAUCACCUCCCUGCAUAGUUUGGGCCAGAGUGUGGAGUACAGGACCAUCUGGGCCUUGGAGAUCUCCAACAAACCAGAUGAGCCUGAAACGGCCGAGCCCAAGAUCCGCUUGGUGGGAGGUAUCCAUGGCAACGCCCCCGUGGGCACUGAGCUGCUGCUGGAGUUCGCUGCCUUCCUCUGCAUCAACUACGGCAAGAACCCCACCAUCACCAGGCUGAUAAACGAGACGCGGAUCGUUAUCCUUCCCUCCAUCAACCCAGAUGGACGAGAGCUGGCCAGAGAGAAACAGUGCACCUCUACUGUGGGCAUGACCAACAUACACGGGAAAGAUCUGGACACUGACUUCUUCGGUAAUGCCUCCCAGCGCGUGGUGGAGGCUCAGCCAGAGACCAGGGCAGUGAUGGACCUGAUCUUAGAGAGGGGUUUCACACUCUCUGUAGCCCUGGAUGGAGGCUCCCUGUUGGCCACUUACCCCUACGACAAGCCUGUACAGCCAGUUGAAAAUGAGGAAACUCUGAAGUACCUGGCCAAUGUUUACGCCAGAAACCAUCCCAAGAUGCACCUGGGGGAUACAGGAUGUUCAAGCAAUGACCAAACCUCCUCUUCUCAUCCUCUCUACUCAGUGGGUAACAUCCCAGAUGGAGUACUCAGGGCAGCAGAGAGACAAAGUCACAUGGGCAGCAUGAAGGACUUCAGUGUGGACUUUGGCCACUGUCCAGAGAUCACGGUGUAUACAGGCUGCUGUCUGUUCCCCCCGGCCGUGCAGCUGGCCACGCUGUGGGAUGAGAACAGGAAGGCACUGCUUAGCAUGCUGGUGGAGGUCCAUAAAGGUGUGCGUGGCGUGGUAAAGGAUAAGAGUGGGAAGCCCAUCGUGGGGGCCAUGAUCGUGUUGAAUGGGGGUGUGAGGGUGUUCACUGCAGAGGGAGGCUACUUCCAUGCUCUUCUGGCACCAGGAAACCACAACAUAGAGGCUGUGGCUGAUGGCUACCAGCAACAACGGCAGGAGGUGGUUGUGUCGUCAUAUGAAGCUGCCAGCUCCAUCAUCAUUGAGUUUGACAUGGACAACCGCAUUUUUGGCCUGCCCCGGGAGUUUGUUGUGGCUACUGCAGCGGCCUCCAUGACGGCCCUGGUGGUGACAGCCUGUAUCAUCUGGUGCGUGUGUUCUGCUAAGUCCAACCAGCAGAAGGAUGGUUUCCACCGGCUGCGGCAGCACCGUGACGAUUACGAGGAUGAGAUACGCCUCACGUCCCUGGGCUCCAAGAAAUCCCUGCUCUCCAAUGAAUUCCAGGAUGAGAGUGAGAGUGAUGAAGAUGCACUCUACGCCAACGCCGACAAACUCUGAGAUCCCACAUACAUACACGGCCAACCUGGUUCGUAUUCGUUAGGCAGCAAACAGACGGAAGCAGGGAAGGGACAACAAGAAACGCUUGUUUUUGCUAUCUGUUUUUCAAAACCAUUUUGCUACGGUGUGCCCUAAUGAAUACGAUCCUGUUAGUACUGGGCUAUUCCACAUUAAGAGUGAUGAUGAGUCUCAGAUUUUUCACUUUAAAACAAAAACCAAUGAUUGCGAAGUUGGACACCAUAAAACUCUUAUGCACUACUUUUAACAAUUUCCAUAGAACAUUUUACAAAAACACAUUUACUUGAAGAACAAUGCUGAUGCAAAGUUUAGUAACAGAAUGAUGGUUUGUGCAGUUGGUGCCGUCAUUCUGUUACCAAAAUUUGCAUCUGCACUGUUCUUCAUGUCAAUGUGUUUUUGUAAAAUGUUCAGUGGAAAUUGUAAUAGUUAGAGUGGAUAGAGUUGUAAGGUUUUUGUUUGACAUACAUUUUAAACAUGAGAAAUCUUUAGUCUCAGCAUCACUCUGUUACUGUUGAAUUGCUCUACUGCCCAUCCCUGUGACUGAGUUGGCUGGUAUUGUGCUCUGUGGCUCUGCUUUACUGGAGGGAAAGGGAGGAAGAGGUGGAGCAGGGAGGGCUUGGUCUUGUCCUUUCCUAUAAGAUUCCCCAGGUCCUAUUUGCCUGUCCUCCUCUAGCCCACCAGAGAGAGGUGUUUCAGAGUCUACAACUGUCCUCUAUGACUGGUGUCCAAGAUGACUCGUCCAAAUCAGCACUUGCUUGGCUCUGUUCAUGGAUGCACAUUAAAGGCUGAGUGGAGCUGGGAAACCUUUUUUUUCUUUCAUGCACGCAACACACACAUGCACACUUUUGCAGCUAACCUCUCAUCAACCUGUCCAUAUGUAUUUGAUACUUAUACUUUGAACUAGUAUCAAUGAAUACACUAACUACAGUAAUUUGAAAUUAUUCAAGAAAUGCCAGUUUCUCAUGGUUCUUGUCAAUGUUGUCCCAGUCCAGUUAGCCAGUCUUUCAGAGGGAGCAUCAAACACAGUGCCUUGGAUGCUGUAGAGUUAGACACCCCACUCUCUUGUAGGGCUAUAGUACAGAAGUGUGGUGGUGUGGGUACUAGAAGCAUAGUAAAUAUACGAGAAUCUCUCCAGAUUAUGGCCUAGUACAGAUUGUAAUCUGUGAUCCAUCAGAUACUCGGGUGGUAUGGAAGACCUAAUAGUCAUCCAGGAUUCUUGAGUAUUUUAAAUGAUGCACUCAGAGCAGAAGCCUUGCAAUGGGCUUAGGUUCACAGGCUGCAUGUGUUUUCACUUCUAUUGCCCUCUGCUUAUUCAUGUGCCCUCUUGGACAUACAGCACAAGGCCCUCUAUGCAUUGUACUACAAGCACUGUAUGUUAAAUACAAAUACAUGAUUCCCCAUUUAAUUGUUCAGGGAAAGCACUUUGAAAUAGAUGCAAAUACUGUAGAUUACAAAUGGAUGGUUUUCUUUAAAAAAAAAAGUUUUUUAAAGAACAUGUAUGCUUUUUUUCUUUCUACGCACAGACCAGCUUGUUUAAAAUGUUGCGUAUCUUAAAAUGACCUUUUAAGAUGGCAAAUUACUUACCCAUGCUUUAAUUAUCAGCAGCAACAUAGAUGUAUAUUUAGUUGUAGUUUACUUUUAUUUCUCUUUUUGCUGUUAAUUUUUUUCAUGCAUGCAUUCAUUCAUGAUUUAUUUGUACAUCUGAUAUAUAACAAUUCUAUCAAAUCCUUAUGGUAGAUGGCAGCCCUACAUUACUGAAAAGGUGCAACAUGUCUGCUCUAGAAUCAUCCAGCAGUGGCGGGAGUGUUUAGAGAGGAGGGCAUCUUCCUCUACAACAGUGGUCACCAACCCUGGGCAUGAGGAGUAUGAGGUGUGCAGACUUGUUCCAGGCCAACACUGACCCUCCCAAUUCUACUCUCAUCAAUGUCUUAUUGAGUAACUGGUUAGUUGAAUCAGGUGUGUUAGUGCUGGGCUGGAACAAAACCCUGUACACCAUGUAGCUAUUCAGGACCAGGGUGGAGGACCACUAGUCUACAGGAGUUACUGACUCCUAGCUUACUUCUCUGUUGCACAAAAUCAAUAUUGUAGCGAAGCCAGCUAAUCUUAGGGGAGAGGGAGAAAUUAAGUUAUUUUUGUUUUACUUUCUGUGUGUGAGAGAAAGAUGGAGAGCGUGUGUUUUCUGAAUGGAUGUUGGUGUUUUGAUAUAAAUGGUUAUUUUUGUUUCUUUUUAUAUGAAACUGAAUUGAUUGUAGAUAAUGAACUGUUGCCAAGUGUAUUUGAGUGAGAAAAAUAAGUGCAAUUCAAGUUAACCCUGACAAUACAACACACAAUUCAUAACAAACCAACCUGUUACUUUGUAUGUGGUGAUUAUUUUUAUUUUAACCUUUUAUUUUACUCGGCAAGUCAGUUAAGAACAAAUUCUUAUUUACAAUGGUGGCCAACCCCGGCCAAACAAUAACCUGGACAACGCUGGGCCAAUUGUGCGCUACCCUCUGGGACUCUCAGUCAUGGCCUGUUGUGAUACAGCCUGGAAUCGAACCAGGGUCUGUAGUGAAGCCCUGAGUUGCAUUGCCUUAAACUGCUGCGCCACUCGGGAGCCCCAUAUGACAGACCAUGCUGACAUGAACAUUCUUCAAGACACAUUGAUGAAAUAAAUAAUUUUCUUUCAA